AUGGAGUUAAUUAGAAGAAGAAAUGCACCUCAUCAAAAUGAGAUUCCUCCCCUCGAACUACUUGACGAGGAAGAUGAUAAGAAAAGUAAGAGGAAGAUUGUAACGAAGCAGAAAUGGUCAUGUAUCGAUAGUUGUUGUUGGUUCGUAGGAUAUAUUUGUACUGUAUGGUGGAUUUUAUUGUUUUUGUACAAUGCUAUGCCAGCUUCGUUUCCACAGUACGUAACAGAGGCAAUUAAUGGGCCAGUAGCUGAUCCUCCUGGCGUAAAGCUACGAAAUGAAGGGCUAAAGGCUAAACAUCCAGUAGUUUUUGUACCUGGGAUUGUUACUUGUGGCCUUGAGCUAUGGGAGGGACAUCAGUGUGCUGAAGGAUUGUUUCGGAAGCGGUUAUGGGGUGGCACUUUUGGCGAAGUGUAUAAAAGACCGUUUUGUUGGGCGGAACACAUGUCAUUGGACAAUGAAUCUGGGUUGGAUCCUCCUGGAAUUCGGGUUAGGCCAGUUGCUGGACUUGUUGCUGCAGAUUACUUUGCGCCAGGAUAUUUUGUAUGGGCAGUUUUGAUUGCUAAUUUGGCGCGAAUAGGAUAUGAGGAGAAAACGAUGUAUAUGGCUGCAUAUGACUGGAGACUUUCCAUUCAGAAUACUGAGGUGCGUGACCAGACGCUAAGCCAGAUAAAAAGCAAUAUAGAACUGAUGGUUGCAACUAAUGGAGGCAAUAAGGCAGUAAUUGUUCCACAUUCUAUGGGAGCUAUUUACUUUUUGUAUUUCAUGAAGUGGGUAGAGGCACCAGCUCCAAUGGGUGGUGGUGGUGGUCCUGAUUGGUGUGCCAAACAUAUUAAAGCAGUGAUGAAUAUUGGUGCGCCGUUUCUAGGUGUUCCAAAAGCAUUAGCUGCACUUUUCUCAGCUGAAGCUCGAGAUGUCGCCAUUGCAAGGAGUAAAGCAUCAGUUGUUAUGGACAAAGAUUUAUUUCGUAUUCAAACACUACCACAUUUAAUGAAGAUGCUUCGGACUUGGGAUUCAACCAUGUCUAUGUUACCAAAAGGAGGAGAGACGAUUUGGGGUGGUCUCGACUGGUCUCCAGAAGAAGGCUAUUCUCCUCGCAAAAGAAAACUAAGGGACAAGAUUAGUCAGAUGUCAAGCCAUCAGGACAAUCAAACUAUAGAAUCUAAAGGAAAACAUGUUAAUUAUGGAAGGAUGAUAUCAUUUGGAAAGGAUGCAGCACAGAAACCUUCAUCAGAUAUUACUAGGAUUGACUUCAGAGGUGCAGUGAAGGGCACAAAUAAAGCAAAUAACACAUGUGAUGUGUGGACAGAGUAUUAUGACAUGGGCGUUGCUGGUAUAAAAGCUGUGGAAGAAUACAAGGUUUAUACAGCUGGAGAUAUCUUGGAUUUACUUCACUUUGUUGCCCCAAAGAUGAUGGCUCGUGGAGGCGCUCAUUUUUCAUAUGGGAUAGCUGAAGAUUUGGAUGAUCCAAUGUAUUCACACUACAAAUACUGGUCAAAUCCAUUGGAAACAAAGUUACCAAAUGCUCCUGAAAUGGAGCUUUAUUCAAUGUAUGGAGUUGGCAUUCCAACUGAAAGAGCAUAUGUUUAUGGGCAGACACCAAUAGCACAAUGUCAUAUUCCAUUCCAGAUUGAAACUUCAGCUGAUGAAGGGAAUGAGUGUUGUUUGAAGAAUGGUGUUCUCACUGUUGAUGGCGAUGAGACGGUGCCUAUUUUAAGUGCAGGCUUCAUGUGUGCAAAAGGAUGGCGUGGAAAAACUAGAUUUAAUCCUUCAGGAAUCAAAACUUAUACAAGGGAGUAUGAUCAUGCUCCUCCCGCGAACCUUCUUGAGGGCCGUGGUACACAGAGUGGAGCUCAUGUUGAUAUUAUGGGAAAUUUCGCUUUGAUUGAAGAUAUUAUGAGAGUUGCAGCUGGUGCAACGGGUAAAGACUUGGGAGGUGAUCAAGUUCACUCGGACAUCUUCAAGUGGUCUGAGAAGAUUGAUUUACAUCUUUAGGGGAACACUGGGUGCACUGCUUUCUCUUAUAUGAUGAAGUACUUGACUCAACGGUUAGAAUAUCACUUUCAUAUUUACAUCAUGGUGAUGGUGAUCAUCUUUACGUCUUUAACUUUCAUCAUGUCAAGAUGUCUGCUUCAUGUAUAAUCACGAAGUUAUAUGCUGAUAUGAGUUCAUCUGGAAGCCACACAAACCCUUCCUGUCAAAUGUGAGAUACUAAAUUAUGGACAACAACAUACCCUGUAUAAUUCCACUCGUGGGAGAUACUAAAUUAUGGAAUCAUGUCAAAAUCAUGGAUUUUGUGGAUCUACCACUGACGUUUGGAGAGCCUAUCAACACUUUGUUUUAUCUGACUAAGUAGACGAUUAAAUAGAUCCUAGAUAGAAUGCAGGAUGCUUUGUGCAUCUCGCGGUGUAAUAUGUCAAAGUUGGAGCUAGUUACCCAAAUCAGGAACAAUUAGGAAUAGAAUUGAUAUUGUACCAACAUAGUUUUCUCAAAGAUUUUGUAUUUCAAAUGUGUUGUUAUACAGACUUGUGGAAUAGCUACUCAAUGAAUGAACAACUUUUGCUCCGUA